AUGUCACCCCAGUCAUCCGAACAGCAUACACUUGACGCACCCGCUCUCGACAAGCUCUUUGCAGCUGCUAUCACCUACCGCGAUAGAGCGUAUGCACCAUACUCCAAGUUCAGGGUUGGUGCUGCUCUCCUGGGCUCUGAUGGCCAGAUUUACGGGGGCUGCAAUGUAGAGAACGCUUCCUAUGGAGCUGGUAUAUGCGCCGAGCGUACUGCUAUCACAAAGGCCGUCAGCGAAGGUCAAAAGAAAUUCUUGGCUGUAGCCGUUACUUCUGAUAUCCCAUCCCCCGCCAUAUCUCCCUGUGGCAUCUGCCGCCAAUUCCUCCGUGAAUUUCUCGAACCCCACGUCCCAAUCUACUUUAUCUCUGGCACCUAUUCCUCCACUCUCAAUAGCGGUGAAUAUCCCGACUGGCUGGAUGAUCGCACAGGAGAGGAAGCAAAGAAGCAUGUCAAGAUGAUGACGAUGGAAGAGGUGUUGCCAGAGAGUUUUGGGCCGGAUCAUUUGGGGCUCGCUGUAACGGAUCAGAAGUGA